GUUAAACCAUUUACAGCUAAGAUUAGGCGGUCAUGCCAGGCAAGAAACAGUAGCUUCCGCUUGCGACCUUUCAACGUUCACGCUCCCGUUGAUGAUCGCAACCUUGUCAAAUCCGUCAAUUCCUGCACCUUCACAACUUAAUCAGCAAAUUUCUCCGACAUCUCUUACGUCGCGCUCCGUCCUAUAGGUCGGACCACGACUCUCUGAACCAUUCUUUUUUUUUCUCUGCAAGGUCUUAUUCACUAGUUCUUUCACACUCUUUGUACUCUUCACUUUUUAUUCCUUUUCCCUUAUCAAGCCAAUAUCCCUUUGUAUUUGUAGACAUCGAGUACGACCUUUCUUUAGCCAUUUUCGCUUGCCUCUCAUCCCGAUUCCACCUCAUUUCACACCUACCCAAGUUAUCACAGUUGCCUCAUACCAUCAAUGAUAGAGCCAACACGCGAGGUGCCGCAAUAAAGCGCAAUGCUCAAUACUGAGAGACAGAGUGGUUGGGGAGUUGGCCAGGUGCCGAAUCCGCCUAUCAACCCAUUCGCCCAACCGGCUUCCUCUCAACCUGUGAAUCCAUUCGCAAAGGCUCCGAGUAACCCGUUCCAACCAAAGCAACCUAAUGGAGUAACUACUCCAGCGGUAAACCCUUUCCUGGCAAAACCUAACCCCCCAAAUCCUUUCUUGACUUCGACCUCUACCAGCCAGAGUAAACCGGCGCCCACUGCAUUUGGCCAACCCUCGGGUCCGACACCGAAAUCUAAUCCAUUCGCCAAGCCUAGCAAUGCACAAGAUUUCAAGCCCAUACCUGCUACGACUAGUAACUCUUCGACCACGAAAGCCCCCCGCAAGCAACAAUCACCAUUUUCUAACGGGGGCGAGCCAUCAACUAAGCCAAGCGUCAAUGGGGAAAGAAAGGUUGCCAACUACGUUCAGCCAGCAUGGAAGCCAUCGCAGAAAGAUGCGGGUUCGGCAGCAGGCAGAACCAAAGCUGCCAUAGGCCAGAGCAAUGGGAAGCGGAAGAGUGAGAAUGAUUAUCAGCGACAAAGCAAGUUCUCCCGGAAAUCACCAGAUUCAGAAGCUGCGCCUACUCCAUUUGGCGCUCCUCAACAAAACAAGGUCGACACCUUUUCUAAAAACAAGUUAGGAAAGCCUAGGAACGGAGGCGAUCGAAAUGAUUUUGCCAAACAGAUACUAGCUCAACUUGCAAAGGAUAACAUCAAACCUCCCCGAUGGCCAGAAAAUCCAGGAAGCCAUGCAUCACGCCAGGCAAUAGAACGCUAUCGGGAGACUUAUAAAGUGUACCGAGAGAGGGCAAGAAAAUCGCUCACGAGAGCUGGUCUGAUCGACGACCCCGACAAAAAAAGAAGACUCGAUGAGGCGCUUGUGUUCAAGGGAAUUUGCCAGGAGAUGUGUCCUGAGUGGGAGAAGAUCACUCGGAUAGUAGAGCACGAUAUUAGAGGACCGGAGAAGGGUAAAGAUGAGCGAGGGGAGCUCGUUGCGAUGCCCGAGCUCAUGGUCAAGCGUCUUGCUCGCUCGGCUGCAGGACAAGAUGCGCCUCUUCCGAUGGACGUUAGAUCCGUUGCUACGCUUCGCUGGACGUUGGAUUACCUGAUCGACGAGCUCAUUCCAUCAGACGAUGAAUUGCCUCAGAGGCACAGCUACCUCUGGGAUCGAACUCGAGCCAUUCGAAUCGACUUCUCCUUUCAGAAAUAUGCUAUGACUCCUGACGAAACGAAAGACCAGGUCUAUUGUCUCGAGACCAUCGCCCGUUUCCAUGUGACUUCGUUACACCUUCUUUCCCAAGACGGCUUCACCCCUUCAGAUUUUUCAGAGCAGCAGGAGGUUGAACAACUAGGAAAGACACUAAUAUCCUUGAUGGAGGUCUACGAUGACUGUAUGCAUCAGGGAAUUAGUUGUGAAAAUGAGGCCGAGUUCCGAGGGUAUUUUAUAAUAUUCAAUGCCCAUAACCCGGCUCUCAUGGAAAUGAUCGAGGGUUGGGAGUCUCGAUUUGGAAGCAGUAUACAAUCCGCUAUAGGCAUUGUCGAAUGUAUCGAGAAUACACGGCAAAUACUGGGCCCAUUAUAUCCGGAAACUGCGUCUCAAAUGGCCAUCGACGCUAUUUCGAUAUUCUUCGACGUUAUUGCAUGUCCGGAGGUCUCUUAUACCAUGGCCUGUUUUGCCGAAAUUCAUUUCAACAGCGUGCGCAAAGGGAUCCUGAAGGUUAUCAAGAAGGCUUACUCAAGGCCACGAUUUGGCCCGAAGGACCUCACCCCUAAGGUUCUGAAGAAGUUUUUGCGCACAGAUACCGAAGAAGAGGCUGCUGAGUUUUUUCGGAAGCAUGGCCUCAAGUUUGAUGAACAAGACGGAUACCUUGUUCUUCUCCCCGGCGUGGAGUUCACUGAGGCACGAAUACCCCACAGCUUUUCGGGAGAUAUUGUAGAGCGUAAGCGUUCUGGGCGCUCACUCCCAACUAUCAUUCACGAGACCGUCUUCGAGUUGGGUUCACGAGAUCUACCGAACCAGGAUUCACCAACUCACAGCCCAGAAGAGAGCUUGUUUGUGAGCGAUUCGCAGAAUGAACCAUUCGCAAGCAUCAAUAAUAGUGAACAACAACAACAUGACAAUAGGAUAGAGAGCAAUGAACCUACCCCAGCUUUCAGUCGACCCGAUCCUGCAAGCUCCGGUUCAUCUAUGUUUGGAAAUCAUGUCGCCACCAAGCCGACGCCUUCUACCUCUUUUGGGCAACCUUCGACAUCGGCCAUUGCACAGCUAGGUAAAGGAGACAGCGUCGGUUCGUCCAAUCCUUUUCUUUCUAGUGCAACGUCCACUUCCUCAGGGCUGUUCACCUCGACCUCUCAGCUCAACAAGACCACAGCAAUCCCACCCUCCGGCUCCGUCGCAUCUAACAUGAUGCCUGCUUUUCUCGAGGGUGCUGUCUCGAAAUCUCACGCAACAGAUGAUCGCGGGAGUGAUCAAGAGCAUGCGGAAAGUUCUAAGGCGCAGUCAGCACUAUCAACUCAAACAAUCAAAUUUGGAGAUGACGUUUCAAAACAGUCCAUAAAUGCAUCCCAAAACAAUGUUUCGACAGGCCUCUUCAAUUUAUUCAAUGAUAAUAGCAAAAAUAAAGAAGCAGUACCGCCAGAUACACAAAGCUCCAGCCCGUUCUCCGGCCUUCUACCGACAAAUGUAGAACUAUCAAACAAAGAUGGGCCCCAACUCUCCGGGCCCUUGGGCCCAUCUACAACAUUAGGCCCUCAGCCGCUUCCUAUGCCAGCUACGUCCGCCUCUAGUCAAUUCCCUACCCAAUCGACUAGCGCUCUAUCCUCGGAUACAUCCGUACAAGGCGAUCCAGCUCUCAACCCAAACCAUACCCCGACGCUAUUUCAGCAACAAGUUCCAGGGUCAUCCGAACCCAACAUCCAGGGAAGUUCUCACAGCUUCUUGAACAAGGCACCGACAAAUACCAAUUCUACGUUGUCGUCACAGCAAUCCGGAUCUACGAGCACAUCGGUCCCUACAAAAACUACCAAGAAUGACCCAAUGGACAAUUUCAGUCGUUGGUUUGUCUGUGCAGAUAGGGGCCUGAUGGAAUCACAGCUGGAACAAUUUGCAGUUGAACACAUACUCAAGAAUAUUUGGGAUGGUUUUCAGGCUUCAGAGGCGGAACGUAUCCGAAAAGAAGAAGACGAGGCGUCCUGGGCUGCGGCACGCAAAUUCAGAGAGUACAGCCUGAAAGUCAAGUAUUAUUAUCGUUGGCAUGAGGGCUUUCGUAAACGAGCAAGACUCAGACGUAUGAAGCUCGAAAAUGAAAAGGCUAGACAGUGGAGGUUGCCCGAGAAUGUGGCAAAACGUGAGCGCGAGGAGAGGGAAGCGCAGGAGAAAGUCCUGCAGGAGGCGAAGGAAUCAAUACUCGGGAGAAGUCGCCAGAAUGUUGACAAAACUGCGAAACUAAGAUCAUCGACCAGAUCAAGCUCUAUGUCGAAGGUACAACAAGUUCAGGAUUCGCUAGCCAGAUCGCAUCUUAACACGCUCAGCCCUGAAUCAAGCACACACAGCAUCGAAGAAGCAUUACUUGCUACAGGUGUCUUCAGCGGCAUGCGAGACGAAAGAGCCGCCGCGCGUUACGCUGCUAGAGGGUAUGGUGACGAAGUCGAUUCGGACAGGGUGCAAGAGAAGAAGAUGAAGCUACGAUCUGAAAACCACCGUCGUGUGAAGCGCGGGCUUCCUCCGCUAAAAUCACUUCCAGAACCGAAGGUUCACAAGGAAGGGUCCAAAACAGCAAUGGUCAGAGCGCUUUGCAGCGGUGCCGGUAGAGAUACCAUGUCUAUGUCAACAGGAAGUCUGCGCAACUCGACAUUCAGCUCGAGUUAUCGUUCGAGUCUCGGUUAUAACAGUAGCCGAGUCUCGAAACCUCGACCGACCGUUACAGACCCCUACUGGCGCCUCAAAGCUAACGGACUGGUACGAAUGCCGAACGGUGAAUACUUACACGAGUCGAUCGCAAUCCCUAUGUUAAAAGAAGGAAAAAGAAUUCCGGGCUUUGGAGACUAUGGCUUGCCGCCUGUCAAACCUUCAAAUCCGAAUCUUAGCCAGUCACCUCCACCAGCGUUGCCACUAAGUGACUUCUCAUCGCCACACAUUCGGAAUGAUGACGUGCCAUUAAGCCCAACAGGAAGCUCUCCUCUAGAUGCAGAAAGUCAGAAACGGAAGCGCAACGCAGAAGACGAGGAUUUUGCCUCAAUUGGGCGUGGCUCACCUGCAAUCAGGAAGCGGGCUAAGAGCGGAGAUGACGAUCAGAACUUCCUUGAUGAUAUUGCGAGCCUUCUAAACAGGGUGGAUUCUAUCAGAAAUUCGACAUCGAAGGAAAAUUGAUGAGCAUUUGUUGUGUAGCUCAGGUAUCACUAAGGGGCAAUGAAAAGAGGUAUUCAGAUGGAUGGAAAGGGUUUGGGAAGUGUAUGUACGACUCCUAUCGUUUACACUGCGUUGGUAUACGAUGUGAAUCCUGGCCAGUUUGACUGAUGACCUGCCAGUAGAAGGAAGGAAGGAAAGGGGGAAUACCAGGACUACGGAGGAUGGACUCGACAAUGCGGAGGAAAUGAAUGCGAACUGGACCGAUCGGAUCGGUCCCUGAUUUGUCUUAAGUACCUACACAUGCAUGGAUUGGCGUUACCAAAGGAUAAAGCAUUUCAAGAGGAAGCAAAUGCAAUGAGCUUUUUUUUUACCCAAUUUACCUACCUACCGAUUUACCAAAGUUUUAUCUACACCAUCACAAGCGUACUUCUUUUGCCCUAAAUGAUUUCAGGGGUCAACACCAGCAGCAAAACUUUUGUCAUUCUUCUAAUUGGUAUGAUGGUUGGUUGGUUUGCUGGCUAUAAUUCGAGAUACCCGAAGGUACAUACAACAACAACAACAAUAACAACAUUGCAUAAAAACGAGGGCUCGAUGUUUUUGGGG